GCAUGCGACGAUUGGCAAGUGACCAACGUACAUGCAGAAUGCUCAGUGUGACUGUGCCUUUGAUAAACGUGACUGUAUCGCGCAGCUGUAAGGUUACGUCGAGUAGACUCUUCAGGUCAUCCCGUCGUCCAGGGCUCUUCCUUCCUUGCAAGACAAAACAUGACAAAACGCUCUUGCGUAGAUACCCAUUGAUUUGACAGUCGAUAUUCCAAAUGCAGACCAUUGAAGAGCCUAAAUCUGCUUUGGCUCGUUCGAAAACUCGCUCCGAGCUACCCAACAGUGUACGAUGGCAGAUUAUCGGCGCUCACAAGAUGGGGGCUAGCUCUCGUCGCAUCAGUCAGGAAUUUGGUAUUUCCAAGAGUACCAUCUUGGCAACCAUCCAGAGGUACAAAGAGACAGGAACUGCCGCUCCAAAAAAGCGAAUUGGCCGCCCAAAGAAAUCGGCAUGCUCUGUUCCUGAAGCGUCAGUCGACCCGGCGCUUGUGGAGAAGGCAAUAAACGUUGAAGGUGUAGGCUCAAACAAAUGAUGCAGAACACUAAAUUGUACAUAAUUGAGUCUGGUACUCAAGUCCUCUACGGCGUCUAUUUGGACGAGGGGAAGAGUGGUCUUUUUGUUCAGGUCGCUCUUGAAGGAGAGGAAGCAAUUCAUUUUUGGUUCUGGUCUUUCAGUACUCAAAAGUACGGCAGUAGUUAUGGGAAACAUUGCAACAUGUAGCAAGAGUGUGAAUUUCAUUGUGAAUACGCACAGACCACAGACUUGAUUCCUUGUUGCGAGGUAGUCAUCGUCCCAUAUGGUCUUUAUCACAGCUCGCCGGUCGGUCGUGAAAGACAAGAGCUCUAGGUAAUAGCAAGAAUGGCAGGAAAUGGACAUGAACAAACUAAAGUGAUGUAUGCCAUGUUACAAAAUGCCAAACAGGACCUCAUCUAAAGAUUGCUACCCAUCAUACGUUACUCCUCGACGGGGCCGUGCGGCUCGACCUCAUAUAUAGCAAACUUAUUCCCUUCAGUAUCCCUCAAC